AUGACGAAACACACUGCUUGGUUCGAGCCCUGUUGUGUAGCCUGUGCUCUCGACGCUUGCCUGCUCCUCUAUGCAGAGGCACUGCGCGAGCACUGCGGCGGGGGCGCGCCCUGGAAGGCCCGCGCCAUCUGGGACAUGCUGCACGCGAGGAGGUCGAGGCCGGAGUACCAGGCCGCGCCCCUCGCGGGCAGGCCUGUGGUGGUGUGCGGCGCGGGGCCGUGCGGCCUGCGCGCGGCGCUGGAGAUGGCGCUGCUGGGGGCUAGCGUGACGGUGAUCGAGAAGCGGGGGCUCGCGGACGCGUGCGGCCGCAUCAACAGGGUGCACCUUUGGGAGUGGUGUAAGCAGGACCUCGUCCAGUGGGGCGCAAAGCUGUUCGACCCACCCGGCGGCGCCUUCGGCAGGGACAACGACUUCUGCCACAUCCCGAGGAUGCCGCUUCCCCGUCCCUCGGACAUCGGGAUCGGCGAGCUGCAGCUGCUGCUGCUGAAGAACGCCCUGCUGCUCGGCGUGGACGUGCGCUUCGGGGCGGAAGCCCUGGCCGUCGAGCAGGGCGAGCUGGCCUGCGCGUGCGGCGCGAGGCUGCCCUGCUGGUCGCUGGUGCUGUCCUCCGGCGCCAGCUCGCCCAUCAGCCACGCCGUGGGGCUCAACCCGGUCGUCGUCGGCCUCCGCGGGAAGGGCUCCGCCAUAGGCGUCGUCGCGAACUUCGCGAACAGUCAGGAGGCCGACCAGAUGGCGCUGCGCCAGUUCUCGUGGGCGCGCCAGUUCAACGCCCCGCUCUUCAGGCGGAUCACCGAGGAGGUGUCCGUCGACUUGGAGAACGUGGUGUACUAUAAGGGAGCGCGCCACCAUUACAUGGUGAUGACGCCCACGAAGGCCUCCCUGAUCGGGGCCGGCGUCCUGCGCGACGGCCAGCCCGCGGGCGGCGAGCUGCUGUGCGGCGGCAACGUGGACGCGGGCAGGCUGCGCGAGCUCACGAGCAGCGUGGCGGCGUUCUUCGGGCUGCCGGCGGACGCGCUGCUGGAGGGGCCGCAGGGCGCCACGAUAUUUGACUUCAGCGGCGUGAGGCUCGAAAGCCCCACUGCCAUGGCGAGCGGGGUGCUCGUCUGCGCGGUGGGGGACGCGCUCCUGGAGCCGUUCUGGCCCGAGGGCCUCGGCAUCCUGCGGGGCUUCAUGUCCGCCCUGGACGCAGCAUCAGCGCUGGCGCUGGGCGCACAGGACGGGCACUCGGCGGCCGUCGCGCAGCUUGCAGCCACCUUCACGGUGCUGAAGUCAGUGGCGGCGCAGACAGCGGCGCAGUGCCUCCAGAAGGACAUGACCCCAGCCAGUACAGGCUGGCGCCGUCCACGAGGUACGCGGCCAGCCAGCUGUGAGACACGAGGGCCAGCGGCAGGCAGAACCCGAGGGGCCCGCCUGCGCCUCCGGGCCCCCCGCUGCUGCCCCGCCUCUGCCCAAUCGGCCGCCCGCUGCAACGGCCUGCGCGCUGGUGACCGUAGACCUCCGCGCGGGUGUGUAAUUCAGCUUUUGUCGCCGCGCCUCGAGUGGGCGCUGGCGCAGCAGAG